CUCAUAGAUUUUCCGUGAACCCUCUGGCAUUGUUCCGGUCCAUUUUUCCAUACUAGCAUUUCGCAAUUAGUCUGUACCUUACGCAGGUGACGAAAAGACAUCACCAAAACAUUGCAGUUCUAUUCUUAGACACAAUCUUGCUUGCAUAUCCAACGGCCCAUAUAAAUACGUCUGCAAUCCGCCUAGCCAGAAGCAGACCAUACCCAGGAGCCAGAGCUAGAGAAGAAACGGCGCUGAGUUCUUUGUAGAGAAGUGCACACUGAGAGUAGAAGUCAUCGCAUAAAACUCGGCGUAUUUCAGUUCAGAUUCUUCAGACUCAGAUUAACGAGCGUCGCAGAUCUCACACCACCAGCACUGUUAACGGCAUACCCAUCUCAACAAGGGCAUUAGUUGGGCAUCGCUAACCAAACAAUCUAUAAUUUCACUAGCUACUCAUACAAAAUCCACUUCCUGAGAUUCGCAUUCUCAGUUGACAGUUCAAAUUCAUUUUUCACUAUUAGUUGACUAAGAUUCUCAGUACCUUUCUCUAAAUAUCCCACUCAUGAUUGAAGCCAUCAAGCGAAAACUAGUCAUAGUCGGCGACGGAGCCUGUGGGAAAACGUCGCUUUUGUAUGUUUUCACUUUGGGGGAGUUUCCCACCGAAUACCAUCCCACAGUAUUUGAGAAUUACGUGACAGACUGUCGAAUAGACGGAAAGGCAGUGCAACUAGCACUCUGGGACACAGCAGGCCAGGAAGAAUACGAACGACUCCGACCUCUCAGCUACUUCAAUUCACAUGUCAUAUUGAUUGGCUUUGCCUUAGACACACCUGACUCGUUGGACAACGCCAGGACAAAGUGGAUCGAUGAAGUCAAGCAAUAUUGUCCAGAUACUCCAUAUUUAUUAAUUGGGCUCAAGAAAGACUUGAGGAAAACAAAAGACAGAAAAAAGUUUGUGCAACCAGAACAGGGAGAAGAAGCUGCCCGAGAGAUCAAUGCCAAAACUUAUCUCGAAAGCUCAGCAUUAACUGGCGAAGGCGUGGAUGCAAUCUUUGAAUUUGCGACUAGAACAAGCUUGUUGGUUCAGGAAAAGUCAAAAGACAAAUGUUGUACUAUAUUGUGAACCCCUGGAUGGGCUAAUAGAUCAAUUAGAUACGAAAAACUCUGCAUUAAUAUCAUGGGCGGUGUGAUCACCUUGGUUAG